AUUCAAACAGUGGAUUGCAUAUAUGAAAACAGCCUUGAAAAAAGGGAAAAAAUAAAGUAUAUAAAAAAAGAAAGAAAGAAAUUUGACUUGACUUGACUUGAAAUGCACACACACUCACGCGCGCGCGUACUCGUAGGGCAGACUGCGUGGACGCGCAGGGGGUACAAGGGUGGGGGGGGAACAAACUGACCCCAAAAAAAUGUGUAAAUAAAGCAAACCCCCCCCCGGAAUGAGGCGUUACCCCUCCAGACUUUCUCGAUCAAUCACAGGGGACAGUGGCUUCUUUUGAUAAAAACCCCAAAUUGUCAUUGGGCAGAUGCAAUCAUGUGACAAGCAGCACGGUCUAAUUCCAACCCAUGUCCUCAUGAAAGCAAUAGUUUAUGGCAUAAGAGGUCUUCUAUAUAUACGACUAUAUCGAGUUUAGUAUAGUUUAUGACAAUAAAAACUGCUGCUUAUUAUUAUUAAUCUGAAUUAACUUCAAGUUUCCGAGACCAGAGAGGAGGAGAUGAAUUACGCAUUUGGGAGAGAAAGUGGUUUCAUCAACAGCCAGCCGUCGCUCGCAGAGUGCCUGACAUCUCUCGCCAACCCUGUCGGUGAUGCAUUUCAAAGUUCAUCAAUCAAGAGCUCGGCGCUUUCACAGUCGACACUGAUUCCUCCUCCUUUUGAUGAGCACACCACCAUCAUCCACGGCCUGAACCCGGCCGUCCACCACCCACGCCACAGCCACAGCAGCCGCUCCAAGCAGCCGCUGCAGGCUGCAUCCAGGCUGCACCCGGAGUACCCGUGGAUGAAGGAGAAGAAAAGCAUCAAGAGAAACCACACUGCUGCUGCUGCUGAAACUACUGACUCCUCACCACUCUACUUCUCCCCCCAAGGUUCACCAGAGGUGCCAGAUGUUGGAGUUGGUGUCGGUGAUGGUGGUGGAGGCGCAUCAUCCAGGAGGUUGAGGACCGCGUACACCAACACCCAACUCCUGGAACUGGAGAAGGAGUUUCAUUUCAACAAAUACCUGUGCAGACCGAGGCGAGUGGAAAUAGCCGCUCUGCUGGAUUUAACUGAGAAGCAGGUGAAGGUGUGGUUCCAGAACAGGAGGAUGAAGCACAAGAGGCAGACCCACUGCAAGGAGAACCGGGACAGUGAGGGCAAAUACGCGGACGAGUUGGAGCAGGAGGAGGAGGACAGCAGCCUGGAGAGGGAGAGCUAUUUCCACCAGAAUACCUUAACUUCACAACCGUGUCACAACGGGCACAAUGGGGACAACCAAAGCCCUUUGAACAGCAAUGAGAAAAAUCUGAAACAUUUUGCGCCCACUGUUCCUAUCUGCGUGUCAACAAUAGGCCCGGAGGACAAUGAUCAUUCCCCGGGUUUGGACGUCUCUUUGCAGGAUUUCCAAGUUUUCUCAUCCUCCUCCUCUUUCUCACCAAGUUUGUCAGAUUCGGCACAAAGUCCCCUGUCUUUAUCAUCCGACACGUUUGACCUUUUCUCAGAAACACUCACAACAAUCGACCUGCAAAACUUGAGCUAUUGAAAUUAAACCCAACAUGUUUUUUUUUAAAAUUGAAUUCAGACACUUGUUUUAUACUCAGUUUUUAGUGUUAAUAGAUCUCACAAAUAAGGUAAGUUAAAGCAAAAAACAACAAAGCUAUUUAGCCUAGUUUAUUCCAUUAUAGGCUGCGAGAGGAAGAGUUUAUUUUUUUAUAUGGAUUGAGACUUAUAACUGAGCAGAAUAUUUUUUCUUGAAAUAAAACUUUGCAUUGAUUGGAAAA